AUGUCUAUGUAUGUAAUUAAAGCUGCGGAUGAAGACUUCGAUGAAGACAAAGAUCAAAAGCUGAAAGAGCGCCGUAAACUAAAUGAUACAACCCCUUAUGAAUACUUUCGUGGACACGAAUGUCACUUGGACGCUGAACAAAUAUCUAAAUAUAACUUAAAAAUGAAUUUCUUCAGAAAAUUUAUAUUUUACUUAAUUUCUGUAAGAUCUAAUGAUGUUAGAGCUUUAAACUUGUACAGGUCGUAUGCAGCUCUUUCUGCGGAAAAGUAUCGCCAUUAUACAAAACAUCCAUUCAUUAUACAUCCGUUCAGCCGACUGCGAUUGUUCUUCGAAGUGACUAAUGUUAUUCUCAUGCUUAUUCUAGGAUUGUACCUCGCAGUAUACUAUAGCGAAGUUGAUUACGGCUCCCUGGAUAUCCACGUCGAAAUGAUAUAUGUCUGCGAUUUUAUAUUCGUGAUCAAUAUCAUAGCCAACUUUUUCACGGGUUACAUAGAGGGGCACACAUGCAAAGCAGCCGUUUAUGACUUGGACAAGAUCGCCUUCCAUUAUAUUAAAACUUGGCUACUCAUAGACGUACUCAGUUCUAUUUCAUUUAUUCCAUACGUGUAUAAUCAUCCUUAUAAUCUUGUGGCCUUUCUCUUAGAGUCAGUAAACAUAUUGAGAUUACCACGAAUAAUGAUUUACCUGAAGAACAUUUUGGUGGUUUUAAGAGCUUCUAUAUACCAGAAAACAGCAGUUGAAAUAUGGUUCUGUAUUGUUACUUACUUAUCAUGGAACAUCUAUUUUCAAUUCUGUAUGGAGUACGUGAACGAAGGAGGGUUUCACCCUACCAAUCCCAGGAAUUGUUCUUGGUUAACAUAUGGGAAGUUAUGGAAUGAUACUAUGCCUAUCAGGAUUAUUUAUGCGCUAGAUCGAGCUGUUGGGAUGUUAACGGCUAAUACAAAUUUGAAUGUAAUUAAGCAAUCAAAUUGUUUUGACGCAUAUUAUAUAGUAGCUUGGCUAAUUUCUAAGAUACUGCAAUUUCAUUUUUCUAUGAAAUACAUAAUAGCAUUGUUUGGCGCUGAGUCGGCUAGAGCAAAAUACUACAUUAUGCAGAAGCAAAUUGAACAUUAUAUGGUGCAGAGGAAGUUUGGAGCCAGACUGAAAAAGAAAAUUCUCAAAUUCUACGCUUUACGCUUUCAGUCUAAAUAUUUUACUGAAUCCCUUAUGCUUGGCUGUGUGUCUGGGCAGUUGCGUGAUGACAUCCUAAUGCACACCGGUCGGCAGCUGGUAAGAGAACUAGAAUUCUUGAAGUUGCUCCCGAGGUCUCUACUAAUGCAGAUUGUCUUCAAGUUAAGAGUUGUCAUAUUCAUUGCUGGUGAUGUAAUCAUAAAGAUUAACACUAUUGGUGACUGCCUCUACUUUAUCGACAAGGGAACAGUUGCAAUAUACUCAGAUGCUGGACAAGAAAUCUGUCACCUCGAGGACGGUGAUUUCUUCGGCGAAAUAGCUUUAGUCAUGAACCGAUAUAGGACAGCGUCUGCCGUAGCCGUGACCAACUGUGAACUAUUCAGACUUGAUAAGACAGACUUUGACAAUACUAUAGCUUAUUACCCCACUGUGUACGAAACUAUUAAAAAGAUGGCUAUUAAUAGAUUUGAAACUACAUGUGUAUUGGAUGAACAUCGUAAAGCCGACGUACAGCAUUCUGAAGGAAAUGAUUUACGUAAUGGGUGA